AUGUCUCGGCCAAAUUUUGAAUCAACUACAACUUUUAAAGGUUGGCCAACAAAUAACCAACUAAAUUCGGAGCUCAGCAACCGUUGGAUUUUAAAUAGUCGAUUUACGGUGGCAACUCAAGAGCCUAGGUUUACAUGGGAUGAAACCAUGAGACGUCUACGCCAGGCAAUGGAGAAAUCAGAAGAUAAAAAAUUUAGAUGUUUAGAAUGUCUAAAAGAAUUUUACACCGAGACCCGGUACAAUAACCAUCGUGCCAAUCAUGACAUUUCAGGAAGUCGUCUCGAACCGUUUCGGAAUUUUAACACUUGCACCACAGAAGGAAACAGGGGAACAGAGAGAAACGUUUCAGGAAGUCGUCUCGAACCGUUUCGGAAUUUUAACACUUGCACCACAGAAGGAAACAGGGGAACAGAGGGAAACGUAUUACCAUUUGGUUGCCAGAUUUGCUUGAAAACUUUCCCAAAUACGGAGGAUCUACAGGAGCAUGAAAAAACACACAGAUGGAAAGUAUGUCCUAGCUCUCCUGGAUGCUUCACUAAAUUUUUAAGCAAAGAUAAAAUGGAGCAGCAUCAGCAACUUCAUCGUCCGGAUGGACAUCCAAAGCCAAAACCAGAAAAAUAUCGUUUUAGAUGCAGAAUAUGUCACACAAAUUUUUGGCGAAAGAUAGAUCUAAAGAAGCAUGAAAAAAUGCACGGACUGGAAAAAUGCGGUAAAGGUCCUUCAUGCAUAAAGGAAUUGGGUCCCAAAGUUCAAAUGGUGCAUCCUGAGCAGCUUCAUCGUCCGGAUGGACAUCCAAAGCCAAAACCAGAAAAAUAUCGUUUUAGAUGCAAAAUAUGCCUCACAAAUUUUUGGCGAAAGAUAGAUCUAAAGAAGCAUGAAAAAAUGCACAGACCGGAAAAAUGCGGUAAAGGUCCUUCAUGCAUAAAGGAAUUGGGUCCCAAAGUUCAAAUGGUGCAUCCUGAGCAAUUUCAUAGUCCGGAUGGACAUCCAAAGCCUAAUCCAGGAGGAAACGUUUUAGGAUAUAGCCCAAUGUGCUUGGAAAAUUUCAAGACAAAUAUGAAUCUAGAGGAGCAUGACGAAACGCACGAACCGGAAAUAUGCGGUAAUUUUUCUUCAUGCAGGAAGGAAUUGGAUCCCAAAGGUCAAAUGGUGCAGCAUGGGCAACUUCAUCGUCCAGUUGAACUCCCAAAGCCAAAUCCAGGAAGAAAAGUUUUAGGAUACAGCCCAAUUUCCUUGGAAAAUUUCAAUACAAAUAUGAAUCUAGAGGAGCAUGACGAAACGCACGAACCGGAAAUAUGCGGUAAUUUUUCUUCAUGCAGGAAGGAAUUCGAUCCCAAAGGUCAAAUGGUGCACCAUGGGCAACUUCAUCGUCCAGUUGAACUCCCAAAGCCAAAUCCAGGAAGAAAAGUUUUAGGAUAUAGCCCAAUUUGCUUGGAAAAUUUUAAUACAAAUAUGAAUCUAGAGGAGCAUGACGAAACGCACGAACCGGAAACAUGCGGUAAUUUUUCAUCAUGCAGGAAGGAAUUGGAUCCCAAAGGUCAAAUGGUGCAGCAUGGGCAACUUCAUCGUCCAGUUGAACUCCCAAAGCCAAAUCCAGGAAGAAAAGGUAUAGGAGUUGAAAUCGAUGAUGACAUUGAAUUGAUUCAAAUUGAUUAA